AUGCGCGCGAAGAAGUUCAGCUGGUUCACUUACCUGCAAGGAGUGGCGAUCGUGGUUGUGAUUCUGUUCACAGUGCAGCACCUCAAUCCAUCUCCCGUGGAACAGGAGGUUCCAAGAGUCAGCACAUCUGUGCCCGUGGAAAUUUCUUUGAGCUCCACCGUCGAUCACAAGCGGAGCGAACCCGUAUCAUUGAAGGGUGAGCAGGGUGAGCAGGGUGGAGACGACUUCGUUCAGCCACGACUAGUGGCGGAGAGGCAAGAUCUCGUGGCAUGGAUCACUGGCAUUGCAACGCAUCAGGAGUUGGAUGCUUUGAAAUUGUUGCGCUCGACGUUGUCACUGGGCCGAGAUGCCUUAACCAUCACGCGUCAGGUGCAAAAGCUUCGGCCAGACGGCUGGAUGUUUUGCGUUCAAGAGGGAGAGAUAUGCCAUUGUGAAGGCCAGACCCGGUAUGGUGACUUUGAGCUCGACCAGUGGGUUGAGAAGAAAGACUUCAAGUCACCCAUUCUGUGCCAUCACAGCCAGUACGGAUUGAAACCGGAGCAGGAUUUCUCUCCUGGUAAACUGAAGUACUGCCAGUGCAGGGCACCAACCCCUAAGUGCCCCAACGGACAGCCUUUUCGGGCUGAAAAUUGUCCAGAUAGCAAGAAGGCUUGCCGGGCUGGAUGCCUGUCCAGGAUGCCCAAAACAAUGAGUUCUGUCACCCCCCAGCGCGCAAAGCUCUGCUCCAAGUCUGAGCCAAACGAGUUGCUGUGGGCCUGUGAUUCCAAGAAGUCGUUGAAACCUCGAAAGGGUCAUUCGCACAAUGAUGCCGAAGAUCUCUUGGAGCGUGGCAUGGCAAGAAUCUGCGAGGAUCCGCAGCUAGUCCCGGAGGUGGAGGUUUGGCUGGAGUGCGACUUCGUGUCGCAGUGGCUUCGCUGGACAACCGCUGCAUCUCCUUGGAUAGAGGAAGCUUACGUUACAUAUGUUGGGGGACCCAAAGACAGCAAUUAUGAGUGGCAAGCCACGAACCUGAUUCGAUCAAUUGACUUAUUCUCAAGCCGUCCUUUGGUCAUUGUCAUCUUCGGGGAUCAGUUUGUCCCUCCUUUAUCCUGGCAGUCUAUGCGAAAUGUUAUAGCAUACCGGAUGAGACCCAUCUCACGGGGAGUUUCUUUCAACUUCAACAAAGUUCGAUCAAUCCUUGCAUCUCGAGUCAUGGUAGGGAUUCAGCUGGACACGGAUCAGCUGAUAUUCAAAGGCAUGGAUCAGGUCUUUGAGGGGACACGCCGAGAGGUUGGUGAGUUCUAUCCUUGGCCAAUCCUCCCCGUUCACUGGAUGUCCAGAGAUGACACGCCCGGAAACCCUUAUGCGCACUAUGCUUUCAAAGGCUGGGAUGGUCCUCAGAGCAUGCGCUGGUGCCACGCGCAUCCAACUUGGACUCAUUUUGCGCUACCUUGGUUCGGAGAUCUCUUGCAUGAAAGAAUGCUAGCUGCCACAGGCAGAAAAACAUCCACAUUGGUCUUUGACUUAGAGCAGGUUCGAGAGACUGGCAUCAGUGUUGUAGCUCUUGUCAGAAAGGGUGACAAAGCGAAAGUCAAGAGGCAUGUUGAGAUGUCAAACGCUAUGUGGGAGGACGAAGACAUGAUGAAUGUGAAUCUAUGGCGACACAAGGUCAACAAUUCCUGGUGCAAGUUUGACUUGGAACCAAACCUUUUUCUUCUCAGACGGAGCCUGGACAAAAGAAUGUAUUUUGAUCCAAAAUGGUACCCAGAUGGUAUGCCAGUCCUUUUCCUCUCGAUCCAUAAUACGAAGAACUUUGAUCCUGCCGACCUCCUCCUUCGCCUAAUGGAGCUAUGCCAAAACGGUGUCGAAGAUUUAGAGUGUCCGGCGAAGGAUUCGGAAUUCAUGAUGCCCAUCUGUCGCGCGGGUGUUCAGCAAGAGCGCGAGCUGCGGAUGUCGAUCCAAGACUACGCUGCGAAGGCUUGCUGCUGCUUGGAGCCACGUUGGUCUCACCCAGUGUUCUGGAGUGGCCACUGGUAUGAAAGCUUGAGAGAAGUGCCAGACAGAGCUCGCGACGGUGGUGCAAGGCGGAAGUGCCUCAUACCUUGA